AUGGCGGUGGGAGACACCAUGAGCUCCACAACUGUCAUCAUUUCAGGCCGGAACGUCUUCCAUGAUGGGAGCCUGUUUGCCAGAAUCAAAGUGCUGAAUGCGGAGACCUGCGUCAUCAUCACGGACUACGAAGACGUGCGUGGCUACCUCAGCACCGACGGUAAGGCCAUCGAUUGGGAAGAUGGCGACUGCUGGCGGAGGGUGGCUGCUCCUCAGUCUGGCCAGUACGAG